AUUGCGCAAGAGUAUAUAUACAUGAUCAAAGAUUUUCGUGUCGCGCAAUGUCGACUACGAACGAUGUUGUUAUGAACGAGAAUGCUCCCGAAUCGUCAAAUACAAAUAAUGAUUAUUCCAAUCUCUUGAAGUCGAGCCAUUGCGACGCGUUCGCGUUUAGCGACCAGGAGCAGCUUGCGCUUCAACUCUAUGAUCAACUCAAAGAACUAGAAUUACAGCAGAGCUUGCUGACAGCACAGAGCGAAGUAAUACAGCCGGAUGUCUCAGCACUGUCAGAUGACGACGUGCGGGAACAGCUGAUCACAGCAGAACGCGAGAUGAUGAAAGCAAGAGCAGAGUAUGAGAUACGCGCCAAAGCCACGCACAACGUCUUGGUGAUGAACCCCACGCUCAAGGCCGUUCAUGGUGGCGAGGAUACGGAUUAUUCUGAAAAACGUCUUUUGCCUUUGAUACAUGAGAGAGACAUCAUUUCCAUGGUUCAUGGCAUGCUGAAUGCUAAAAUGGCCGCUACAACACGGGCCUUGAGCACCGCCGAGGAAGAGAACAUGGCUGCGAACCAAAAGAAUACAGAAACGGCCAGCGUGCUGUUGAAGUUAGCGGAAGACUUGAAACGUCAGUCAGCCGAAGAUAUUGAAGAUGUUCAAUUGCGAGGCAAAGUCGAUGCGGUUCAAAAGGAGUUGAAAGGGUCACGGAGUAGACUACGAACGCUGAAGGGAAUCAUAUCCGGUAUGAUUGUCGGUAGUGGCAUCGAUUGGGCAGAUGAUGAGGUUCUGCGUGAGCUGGUGAUGGACGACGAUGAAGACGGGUGAUUCUUCCAUAUCGAGUUUACGAUCAUUUGAUCACAUACCUAGAGCUCUGCCAGUAGCAAGAUAGGAUAUGACGAGGCAAUGCUUUACUCGAGCAGGAGACCGCGCCAGAAGGAAGGCGAAGAAGACAUACUGGGAACGGUAAUGCUUUGCAGAGCUGGUCGCAACGAAUCCUCAACCCGAGCCACAGGCUAGACUUUGUUAUCAAGGAUCUUCGGCUCUAGGCCUCCGAGCCUUGGAUCACCCCCGGUGAAUUGAUACCUGGAUCUAUUCGAUGUAGCUCAGAUAGAUGGGUUUUGCCCACUGCAACUCGUUCAAUGUCUGCCUACUGCAGGUUUCUCAACUAAAAAUGCUAUUUUCCAAAGUUAAAGUG